UCCACAAAUCUAUCCAUUUGUGGCAAAAUGCUAUGUCAACUCCACCCCACUGGUAGUGUCACUAAACGGCCAAGAUACUACUAUUCAAUCGGUGGAGGGUGUGCAGCAGGGUGACCCCCUUGGACCAUUUCUCUUCAGUCUUGCUCUGCACUCUGUCAUCUCGAAACUCUGCGUCAGGCACCCAACGGUUUUAAUUCCUUGUUACCUUGAUGAUGCCACAAUCAUUGGGCCCAAGCAAGAUGUCAUCUCUGCCUACCUUGAGAUGAAAGACCGACUAGUCAACAUCGGAUUAGAUUUGAGAGAAGAUAAAUGUGAGGCUUACAGUCCUUCAGGAAUAGCUGAUUGGGUUUUGUCCAUACCCAUAAGAGACGAAGGAUUGGAAAUACUGGGCACUCCAAUAGGAUCGGAUUCCUUUGUUAGGGAAAAGUGCAUAGAGACAGUAAAGUGUGAAAGAGACUUUCUAGCAAAGUUGCCUCUCUUGGAUGACAUGCAGUCUGGAUUACUACUUUUACGGUAUUGUGCAGUUCCCAAGAUUACUCAUCUUCUUCGAACUGUUCCACAUUCGUUGAUAGCUGAAGCUGCAGAACUGCAUGAUACCAUGAUAGUCAAGGCUUUCGAGAACAUCAUAGGAUGUGGUGCUCUCAAUGCUCUGGAAUGCUCACAACUUCGACUUGACAUUCAACAAGGAGGUUUUGGUCUUCGGUCUGCAAAGCAUUCUGCGUUUGAGGCUUUUCUUGGAGGUUGGUCCAACACUCUAGGUCAUCUCCCUCAUCGUGAUGGUCGUCUGAGUAGUUUGUGUGAUGGCCUCCUAAGAGAUCACGACAAAGAUCAGCCUCUAGUUCUCAGUGAAUUGACAAGUGCCCUGGCAAAUCUUCACCAGCAGUUCGACGAUACUCGAAAAGUGUUAUCAUGUAUAUCAAAACUUCCAGAUGCUCCAAAGAAACUUCAAGGAAAACUUCACCAAGCCAAGAAAGCUGUUGAGUUCACCCAGGUUUUACAACAAUGCACCAAUAGUUGUGAGCAAGCCCGAAUACAAGGUUGUGGUGGUCCAAAUUCUGGGGCUUGGCUGGAUGCGAUUCCGAGUACGCAUCAUUUUAUUCUCGGCAAUGACAACUUUGUCAACGCUGUUUGUCUGCGACUCGGUAAAGCCAUCCCGUGCUUGCAUUCUUUGGACCAGUGUGUUGCUCAGUGUGGUCAGCCCAUAGACAUUGAAGGAUACCAUGCCAUGACCUGUAAGUGGGGUGGAGGCCCAAUCAAACGACAUGACAGUGUACUCGACUGCUUUUACGACAUGUCCAAAUCUCUUGGAUUCCAUUGUCGCAAAGAGUUGACAGCGCAAUUCGAGAAUAAGCAACGUCCUGACAUCGCCAUAUACAAUUAUAAAGAUGGAAAAAAGCUUCUCUUAGAUGUAACCAUCACCCAUCCCUUGGCGAAGCGGUCAAUCAGUGCCAGUUGUAGCAAACCUGGUUUUGCAGCAGCCGAGAAGGAGAGAGAGAAAGAUAGCAAGUACCUUGUCAAGUCAACAAAUCUUGGGUAUUUGUUUCGUCCCAUUGCCCUAGAGGUAUACGGCCGUUGGGGAAACACAGCGGAGACGACACUAGAAGAACUAUCAAAGAAGUCCCCUCAAUCUACAGGCUUAAAUCCCAGCGAAUUCAAGCUACAUUGGAGAAGGAGAAUAGCGAUCAAUCUUCAAAGGGCCAACUCAUCAAUCAUCCAAAACAAGGUGUCUGCCAUCGUUGGAAAGUGUAUCGGAAAUCCUGAUGCUGCUUUUACGAUGUCAGCAAGAUACUUUGGUGGUGACUUUACGUAGUUAGCUGUGAGUUUGUGUAGGUGUGUUGUAGUGUUUAGUUUGUAUUAGUGAUAGUGAUGUUCAAGUUAUUUGUCUAUUUAGUUAGAUAUACAAGUUUUCUUGCGAGUGACUGUCAGAUAAAGUGUGUUUACCAGUGAAAUUGAAUAAAGAGAGUGAGUGA